UAUUUCUCCGAAUGAUAGUUUUUUCUGUCUUUAUGCUUCACUGUUGACAUCCUAAAUAAUUGAAAGGAUAUCGAGCGGUGAAGCCCAGGCAACACAGCGUUUUCUUGGCUUCUUCUAGUCUCCAAUUCACUUUCAUUGCUUUUCCAACAACUUACGAAAGGCUCGCGGUCACCUACGAUAUGGACCCCAGUGUACUCUCAGCUAUGGACAAGGACGCACUGAAGAAACAGAUCGAAAACAUGAAAUACCAGGCCACCAUGGAACGCUGGCCCUUGUCAAAGAGCAUCGCCGCGAUGCGGGAGUACGUGGAAGAGAAUGAAAAGAAUGAUCCACUCAUCCAUGCACCAGACAAAAAGAACAACCCCUGGGCGGAGAAAGGAAAGUGUAUAAUAAUGUAACCAAGAAAAAUCUUUUGGUGGACCAAAUUUGCCUUGUUUUAUUUCAAUUAUUUAUUGGCAACAAACAUAUUUACAAGGACAUCGAGUUUCCGGUUCAUCUUAUGGUAAUUUUUAAAUGUUCAUCUAAUUUCAAUGAAAUGAAGAGAUAGACAUUAGAUAUUUAUAAAAAUUAAAAUAAA